AACUUAUUUUGCACUCAUUCUCGUGACUGAUAACCCAGAUUUUCAUGUACCACACACACUAUAGUUUUUGUGAGAGAGCAACUCCUGUAAUACUAACCAAUGACGAGGUUGUUUGUUCUCCUGUUCUGUUUCAUUGUAACAACUUCGUCUGAGGAAUGGUGGCUGAGUCCUCAAAAUGGACCCACAUGCAAAAUUAAUACUUGUAGAGAAAAAGACGCGACAUGUGAAUGUUCGCUUACAAUUGAUCAUAAAGUUACCAUGAUGACAAAGAAUCCGCCAAUGCUAGUUCGACCAUACAACGGAAGUCUAUAUCUGUACAACGAUACAAAUUAUAGAUUUCCACUACCUGAUGAGAAGAUGGCUGAGGUCAUAACUGCAGAUGGAUAUGGAUCACGUCUUGUCAUAACUAUUAAUGAAAGGUUUCCUGGCCCAACAAUUGAAGCACAUGAAGAUCAGACAAUGAUCAUCCAUGUUCGCAAUUUAAUGCACACAGAUUCCACCACAAUCCAUUGGCAUGGCAUGCAUCAAAAAGGAACUCCAGAGUUUGACGGCGUGGCCUUCAUCAGCCAGCCUCCCAUCCUCCCUGGUGGAACGUUUACGUACAGAUUUAAAGCACAGCCGCACGGUACCAAUUUUUACCAUGCUCAUAUCGGAGACCAACGUAGCAUGGGUCUCUAUGGAGGGCUUAUUAUUUAUCCGAGAUACAAGUUUUACUCACAGCCACAGGUUGGAUUCACCGUCAUCCUUCAAGACUGGAACCAUGACGAUGAGCCAGAGACAUUGUAUCAGCGCAUGCUAAAUGGUGUGUAUGAUCUUAAAAGCUACACAUUGAUAGAACCUACAUCUUCUGUUGAUGGAGCCAAUUUUAGCAGAUUUCAUAUCCAUUCUGCCUUGAUCAAUGGUAAAGGGCGCUUUUACACAGGACAUAAUAAUAUUGGAAGCAGUUUUACACAUAAUGGUGCUCCUUUAGAAACGUUUCGAGUAAAAAGGUCUGGUAAUUCUAGGUUUCGUGUAAUUAGCGCUGCUACAUUGUAUCCCUUUCGCGUCUACGUUCAAAAUCAUCAUAGAUUAAUUAUUCGAGCAUCGGACGGCUUCGAAAUUCUUCGAGGCGUAGGGAAAAACAGCGAAGACUUGGUUGUGGAAUCCUUCAUUAUUCAUCCCGGUGAAAGGAUGGAUUUUACAGUUAACUUUGAUUCAGAUCCUGGAACUUACCUUCUAGUGGCUGAAAGUAUUGAAGACCUCUCCAAGAAAACACCUCCUGAGUACCAUGCAGCCGAAGCGUUGAUUCUGUAUGAAGGGGCGCCUUUAGUGUAUCCAAAUAAACCAGCUGAUGAUCAGAGUCACUGUACAUCUGGAACACCAUGCCCAGUAUUUAACUGCCCAUAUCUUUUCUAUCCCAAAAAUAAAAACAGAGAGUGUCUUACAUUUGAUAAAGCCAAUAGUAAUGAAUAUGAGUCAAAAUUCCAAGAAAUACAAACUGCCGAUGAGACACUCUUCUUUAAUUUUGCAUUUCCGGGACAACCAGGAAACACACCAGGCUCAGUCAACGGACAUCAGUUCAUUCCUCCUGUAUAUCCAAUAUUGACAGAUGAAGAAAAACUUACAACCAAAUGUUCAAAGAACGAUUGUAGCGAAGAUAAAAUAUGUAGCUGUACUUACAAUGUCGAAUUGCAAUCCAACAGAGUAUACCAGUUUGUCUUAACUAAUCUAGGAAAAGGAAAAGGCUGGUCCCACCCUGUUCAUUUACAUGGCCAUUAUUUUUAUGUCAUGAAAAUGGGAUUUGGAACCUAUAAUGAAACAUCUGGUAAAUUCUUGCUGUCAUCUGAUGAUAUUGCAUGCCUAGGUAACAAAAGCUACUGCAAUGUCGCUAGUUGGGCUAAUAGUAAUUGGACAACGACUGAAAACAAUAUCCCUGGUCUCCAAUUAGAAUAUCCGCCUGAAAAAGACACAAUUAUUGUUCCGACGGGUGGGUAUGUUAUCAUUCGUUUUAAAGCUAACAAUCCCGGUGCCUGGUUUUUCCACUGCCACAUCGACCUUCACAACACAAAUGGAAUGGGAAUGGUAGUGUUCGAAUCGAAAGACAAAUGGAGAUAUAAUGGUGUCAACAAAACAAAUGGGCCAAACUACAGCAUUGUAACGUCUUUGAUACUUUGUAUGGUGAUUUUGUUCCUGGAUUGGUAAUUGAAAGUCAUCAAUAGACCAGGAGAGGAAAGUAAAGAUGAUGCAGAAACGAUAGGUUCUUUACGUGGAGAUGACCAGGAAUUAUAUACAGGUUGUUGUAUACUGUUAAUAUACAUAUGUUCUAAAAAUAUAUUGUGUGUAUCCAAAUUAAUUGCUUUGCUCAUAUUUAACUUAAGUAUUGAACAAAUAAAUUUUUUAAAUGUU